AUGGUCCAACGUUAUCGUCAUGACUCUCUUUUUGAUCCGCGAGAAGCAACCAUAGCUUCUGUUCACAAUGCGCUCUAUUCUGGCGAGAGUUGUCGAAACAUCGUCUCUAGCUUCUUGUCACGUAUCGAAGCCUUGGACCACGGCAGAAUCAAUUCCAUAAUCUCUCUGGAUCCGGAUUCUCUGUCAAUUGCUUCACAACAAGACGCACUGUUCGCUUCCAAGAAUGCCACCAUAGGCCCGCUGUUUUGUGUCCCCGUGCUUUUGAAAGACAAUCUUGACACUGCCUCUCUACCAACAACUAGCGGAAGCCUUGCUUUGCGUGACUCAAGGCCCUCGAUCGAUGCUGCGGUUGUCAAGGCACUUAAAGAUGCAGGUGCCAUCAUACUCGGAAAAACAAAUCUCCAAGAACUCGCCUUGGAAGGCAUCUCGGUAUCUUCGCUUGGUGGUCAGACUGUCAAUCCCUACGACACUGAGCGAACCCCAGGCGGAUCAUCUGGAGGCAGUGGUGCCAGUGUUGCCGCAUCAUUCGCAGUCCUCUCUUUGGGCACAGACACGAUAAAUAGCGUGCGUAAUCCAGCGAGCGCAAACAGUCUCUUCGGGCUGCGUCCAACCAGAGGCCUCAUAUCACGAGUCGGCGUUGUUCCGAACUCGCAUACGCAAGAUGCCGUCGGACCCAUUGCAAGAUGCGUCGAAGAUCUGGCCAUCGCCCUUUCGGCAAUUGCAAGCUCGCAGCCAGACAUGGAAGAUAACAGUACUGCACUUGUACCUGAAGGUAUCCGCGGGACAGAUUACUACACCGAUCUUGCUUCUGGCUCCCUAACGGGUAAAAGAAUCGGAGUCCUCGAAACCUUUUUCGACCGUACCUCUACCAAUGAGACCGAUCCGGUCAAUGAAGCCAUGGACGCAAUGAUGGCGAGGUUGCAAGAAGCCGGCGCCAUUGUUGUACCGAUCAACGAUCCCAGUUAUAACGUAAUCUCUAUUCUUGCUUCUUGUGAGACUCAGAUAUUCGAGCUAAGGCAGGAGGUUGAUAAGUAUCUUUCGAGGGCCAGCCUUAAGGGCCAGCAUCCUGCCUCACUCGAAGAUCUCUACAGCGAGGGAAACUCGUUCCUUGUGCUGCCACAACAGUAUGGCUUCAUCAAGGCUGUGCUGAAGGGGAGUACUGACGAGAAAGAGUAUGAGACAACCUUGAGCAACAUUCAAGAGCUGACCGGGCACCUGCAUGCAACAUUCGCAGCGGACCAUUUGGACGCAAUCAUGUACCCACAGCAAAAGAAUCUCCCAGUGAAGAUUGGAGCAGCAUCCCAAUCCGGACGCAACGGGAUCCUAGCUGGAGUUACUGGUUUUCCAUCUCUGGCGCUUCCCGCGGGCUUCAGUCCUGUCACCAAGACCGCCCCAAUCGGUGUACCUGUCGGUCUCGAGCUGAUGGGUUUACCCUGGACGGAAGCCAAACUGCUACAGAUUGCGCACGAGGUCCAAGCUCUGACGCAGAUCAGAAAGCCACCUGUGUGGGCUAGGCAGUCGAUACCUUUUCGAAACUACGAUGUUGUACCUAGCAUAAUGCUUAAGGAUGGCAACAGAAUCCCGUCCGCUUAUCCGCUGGGUGUUCUGUCGUAG